GCUGCCAACACAUUUGCCAAGACCCUCGUUUGGUCUUGAGGUCUCAAAUCUUCAUUUCUUAUAUAUAUAUGCGCGGGCUUCUGGUUCUAGCCCAUCAUGCCUCAGUAUCGAAGAUUACCUGCAUAUCUUCUUUGAGGAUUACUUCCCUCUUUGCCUCCUCUUCACCUCCGGCUUCCGAUGUCCAUGAUCAUAUCGGCUUUUUUUCGUCAGUAAUAAGACGUGCGAGCCUAGUUCUUCUGUCUUCCCACCCUUUUACCAUAACCUAGAACAGGAAAUUUCAGCAAGCGAUUCGUGAAUCUCGAUCAAGGGCGUUUGUGUGCACAACCCUCACGAUUUACACGUUGUACAGCGACAUGAGCCAGCGUUCGCAAUCCGGGCGACGGGAAGGUCUUCAAGGUGCCCUCGGGGUCUUAUCGCCAGAUCCUAUGCACGUGGCUGACGGGUCGCGAGACAAUACAGUGCUUCCCGCGCAUAAUAAACAAACCCGUAAACGACAUCAUGGAUUGUUUCGCAUCGAUACCGCGGGAGAAAGCGGCCGAACUGGUAUUCACCCGGUUCACUUCCUGCGGGUCUGCUUGCGAAGCACGUGUACCUUGUCCAUGCUGGUCAACGUGCUCUGGCCAUUUGUCCCAGCUGCUAUCGCCAUCCAUUUUGCACGGCCAGACCUACAUAUUUGGGUGUUCGCUCUCAAUUACAUAGCUAUGGUACCCUCCGCUAAUCUGCUCGGGUUUGCGGGGGGAGAGCUUGCGAAGAAGCUGCCCAAAGUGUUUGGCGUCCUUCUGGAGACAACACUAAGCUCUGUGGUGGAAAUUGUUCUCUUCAUGGUUCUGAUCCAUAACGAUAGAAAUGGCGACCUCAUCCCAGUCAUUCAGGCUGCGAUUCUGGGUUCCGUGCUGGCAAAUCUCUUACUCUGCUUGGGUCUUUGUUUCUUUUUUGGUGGUAUUACACGGGAGGAGCAGUCAUUUCAUGAAGCCGUGAGUGAAGUAGGAUCCGGGCUGCUGCUGGUAGCAGGCUUUGGUCUAUUGAUUCCCAGUGCCUUCUACUCGGCUUUGAGUAGCAGCUCAACACAUACACAGAUUACACCAGCACAACUAAACCAGUCUACUUUGAUCAUCAGUCGAGCCACCGCCGUGAUCCUCCUGGUCGCGUUCCUGAUGUAUCUAUUCUACAAUCUUCACAGUCACCACAGCAUUUUUGACGAAGUCCUAGAGUUCGACGAGCAUCAGGAUGAGGACAGAGAAAAGGAAAUGAAGCGUGCAAAGCUCACUCUAGUCGAAUGCUUCAUCGCUAUUGCGACAUCCCUCGCUUGUGUCUGCAUGUCAGCAGUUUUCUUGGUAGAAGAAAUCGAGCACAUUGUCGAUAGAGGAGUGUCCGACAAUUUUGUUGGUCUUAUCCUUGUGCCUUUGGUCGAAAAGGCGGCAGAGCAUUUAACUGCAAUUGAUGAAGCUUGGGACAAUCAGAUCAACUUCGCUCUCUUCCACUGCCUGGGGCCAUCUAUUCAGACGGCUUUGCUGAAUGCGCCUUUGGCAGUGAUUGUUGGGUGGGGUCUAGGCAAAGACUUGGGCCUGAACUUCGAGAUCUUCAUGAUUGUUCUGGUAGUGUUGUCUAUUCUUGUUGUCGGCAAUUUCCUCCGUGACGGUAAAUCAAAUUACCUUGAAGGGGGUCUGUGUGUUUUGGUAUACGUGAUUAUAGCCGUGAGCACAUGGUAUUACCCCCAGAUUGAGCCGCAAGGUGGGUCAGAUGCAUGAUUGGUGUAGCUAUUGAGAGGGCGUUUUCGUGUUAUGUUCAUACUGGAGGCGAAGGUCGAUUGCAGCAGACCUUAUUCGACAUCAAAUUUGUGCAAGUAAGUUCCUUGACUAGACGAUAUCUCUUGAGGGGAAAGUCAUUCCCGGGUGUAAUUUUCAGUAACGAUUUCGAAUUCCG